AUGCCUGACGCCGCCCAAGUCAACCGUUCCUUGGGAACGAUCAGGACUGAACUCGAGUUCCUUACCUCAUCAGGCGUCCUGUCUCCGCCGCAACUGCAGUCCAUCCAAGCACAAUUGCCUCAACCUAAUGGGCAACCUUCACAAUGCAUCGAUCCGAGAUAUGCCCAGGGACAGCAGCAAUUCAACCCCUCACAAAUCGCUCAGCAGGCUCAAGAUCCAAACAAUCCUGCCCACCCAAACAAUCCCAAGCAUCACGAAUGGGCGAAGAAGCUUGGGUCCAAGUUUGGUAAUGCGGCUUUGUGGGGUGCUGGAGCAACAUUUGGCUCCGACAUGGUUAAUGAUGCUAUGAACAAGUUCUAG